GACGGCCUGGUGAAGGUGAGAAACCUGAAGAAGAGGAUGGACCGUUUCAGCGAGGUGAUCUCCGGCCUGAAGGAGGGGAAGCAGGAGAUGACCAAACAGAUCCAGGACCUGGAGGGCACCAUCGACUCACUCAUGAUCAAAAUCAAGAGCACCAUCAUGACUCGAAUGGAGAUCGAUCACGAGUUCAAGGCCCUCGUGACCCGGUCGGAGCAGCUGCUGACGGCCAUGCAGAACAAGAAGAAGGAGGAAGAGGAGCGCGACAGACUGAAGAAGAUCCAGGAGGAGAUGGAGAGGGAGAAGAAGAGGAGGGACGAGGAAGAUCAGCAGCGCAAGCAGGACGAAGACGAUCGUCGUCU